UGUACAAAAAUCGGAGGAAAUCUUGUAAUUUCCAAAUAUAUCACUUUAAAUGAUUGAAAAGAAAACAGAUAAAAACAAACAAGAACAAAAACCACGCGAUGAUGGUAUUGAACUUGAAAAUCAAUUCAUUUUACGGCUACCCGAAGAGCCAGCCAAAGCUUUGAGGGAAGCAAUACAAUCAUCAAACUCUAAUCUAAAAGACCGUGUUUCCAUACAACUGGACAAUGAUUUGCGUUACGGUGAAGUAAGAUUUGAUCAUUGGCUGCUGCAUGCCAAAAUAGUGGAUUUGCCCACAGUCAUUGAAUGCCUAAAGACAAUAGACAAUAAAAGCUUUUACAAAUCGGCCGAUAUCUGCCAAAUGAUGAUUUGCAAAGAAGAACCUUUAGAUUUGGAUAAAGAAGAAUCGCCAAAUAAAGGUAAAAAGAAAGAUCCCAAUAAGGUCGAUAAGAAAUUUUUGUGGGCCCAUGGCAUCACGCCACCAUGUAAAAAUGUACGUAAAAGGCGUUUUCGUAAAACGCUGAAAAAGAAAAAUGUCGAAGCACCUGAAAUUGAAAAAGAAGUUAAACGUUUGUUGCGCAUUGACAAUGAUGCCGUCAAAGUGGAAUACGAAAUUAUAAAUGAAGAUAUAACAAAAUCAUUAUCGGACUCCCAAAUGAAAGAUCACAAUGAGGGUGAAGAAGACUACAAUGACGAACAACUCAAUAUGAGCGAUAAAAACAUUCAUGAUACCUCCUCUCGUAAAGACAUUAAUGUUGAAUCGGAUGGUGACGAUGAUGAAGGCCCCUCGGGUUCGGCACCCAUGGGUGGUGUGGGUGAACACGAUAUUUUCGGUGAAGAGGUUUCCUCAUCCGAUGAUGAUGAUGACAUCAAACAUCAUCAUAACACAUCACAUAUGCGCGAUUUAGACGAUACUUCACGACUUUCGGCAGACGAUUCACGAAUGUCUGAUUUCUCUAUUGGUCAUAACAAUACAACUCUAGGAGGCAAUAUUGGCCUCAAUACUUCUAAAGAAGAUAUAACUGACUACAGUAAGGUAUUAUUUGGCAGCCCUAAAGCUGGAGAUGAUGAUCUAUCGAAAUAUGGUGGUUCUAAUUCAAAUUUGGCCGCACCUGGCUAUUUUGAAGAACGUAAGCGCACUCUAUCCGAUGAUGAUUCAUCGAAUGAUGCUGUGCCUCAAAUGCGAGUUGAACAAAUACAUGGCAGAAUAUCUGAAUUACGACGACAAUUGGAAGAAAUUAAGGCUCAGCAUUCACAAAAGGCCAAAGAAAUUUCAUCCAUACAAAAUCCAACAUUGCGUCAACGUAUGCAAGAAACUGUGGACAAUUUGGCCAGCCAAUUGGUGGAAAAGGAAUUAGAAUUAAAAGAUUAUGAAAAUAUGCUAUAGAUUUAUGAUAAAUAAUUAUAUUUUUGGUACAUUAUUUUUGUCUUAAGGAGCUAAUAAAAGCUUUAUAAAUAAAAACAUACAUAAAUGCAAAUUUAGACAAAA